AUGAGUGAAUGGGUUGCAACCAAGCUGAAGGCUGUUGGUGUUGAGGUAACACUCAAAGAUCUGGGCAAGCAGGAGGGUACAGACCUCGACCUUCCUCCUCUGGUAUUGGGACGCUAUGGCAGCGACCCCGAAAAGCCAACGGUGCUCGUAUACAGCCAUUACGACGUUCAGCCUGCAUCUAUCGAGGACGGAUGGAAGCACGAGCCCUUCGUGAUGACGGUUGAAGAAGACGGCAAGAUCUGCGGCAGAGGAACCUCGGACGAUAAGGGCCCUCUCAUUGGCUGGAUCAACAUGAUAGAAGCUUUCCAAAAGGUAGAUGUAGACGUACCGGCUAACUUGGUCUUCUGCUUUGAAGGCAUGGAAGAGACCGCAUCGUUUGGCCUUCGGCAGGGCCUGGAGGAUGAGGCAGACAAGUACUUCAAGGAUGUCGACGUGGUCUGCAUCACGGAUGUUGUUUGGGUGAGCGACGAGCAGAUUAGCGUCCCUCAAGGACUCAGAGGCAUCAUCUUCUACCUUGUCACCAUCACAGGUGCUAAAGUGGAUGCCCAUAGUGGUGGGUUCGGUGGUCAGAUUUCGGAGCCAAUGACAGACAUGGUCAACAUUAUGUCUUCUUUGGUGGAUGCGAAUGGCAAGAUUCUGGUCCCUGGGAUCUACGACAAUGUCCAAGCUGUCACGAAAGAAGAGUACGAGAGCUACCAAAAGCUGAACAUUUCGGAAGACUCUUUGUACGGUGGCACAGGGGGUAGAAGCCUCCACGACAAUCAGGCUGACGCUCUGGUCGCUCGCUGGAAGAAGCCAUCUCUCAGUUUGCACAGGAUAGAGAAUGCCCUGCCUGGAGCCGGAGCUGUCACAUCUAUACCUGCUAAGCUUGUCGGAAAGUUCAGUAUCCGUACUGUGCCCUUCAUGAAGUGGGAGGACAUUGACCAGCUGGUGCGAAAACACGUCAAGGACCGUUUCGAGAGUCUAGGAAGUAAGAACGAACUCGAAAUUGAGUGUCAUCCGAAUGAUUGGUUCUACGAGGAGGCGAGCCACUGGAAUUACCAAGCCGCGAUUCAGGCAACACGAAACGUGUGGGGCGUUGACCCUGCUUUGACCUGUGAAGGUGGAAGCAUACCCAUCGCCUUGGACUUCAAGAAGACCUUGAAAAAAAAUGUGCUCCUUAUGCCUGUUGGUCGGCCUACCGAUGGACAACAUUCCACUAACGAGAAGCUGGAUAAGAGCAACUACAUCAACGCCAUCAAGCUCUACGGAGCUUAUCUCAAAGAGGUCACAAACUUCUGGCAUGUCAACACUAGCUCCAAUUUUCAAGACUUUUCGACCCAGCAUACGGCCCUUGACUUGACGAUUGACUUUGACCUCGCUGGCAAGGUCGACUUCGAAACUACCGAGAACACCACGGGCCUUCAGUGGUUCAGCCCCUCGCAGACAGAUGAUAAAGAAUACCCCUUCAUGUCGAGUGGUGUUACUGAGUCUGAGUUGAUCUUCCCACCAAUCACGGACACGACCGAACAGAAGACCUACAGAUUCAAGAUGGAGAUUCCAAUCUCAAACUACCUCUUCGCCGUAGCAAGCGGCGCCACUGUCGUCUCGGGAGACCGAGAGAAUAUCUCUGUGGUCGCGCACGAGUUCGCGCACAGCUACAGUGGUAAUCUUGUCACUAAUGCGUCCUGGGAGCACUUCUGGCUGAAUGAAGGCUGGACUGUCUGGACGGAGAGGAACAUUGUGCGCGAACUCAGAGGGGACGACGAGGUCGAGCUCCAAGCCAUCGUUGGCUGGCAGGACCUUAUUCAAUCUAUUGAAAUGUAUGGCGGCGAAGACAGCGUCUUCACUAGCUUGGUACUUGAGUUUGAAGGCAAGAGGCCGGACGAUAUUAUGUCCAAGAUCUCGUACGAGAAAGGCUACACCUUCCUAUGCUACCUUGAAGAGACCGUCGGACGAGAGAAGUGGCUCAAGUUUGUGCCAUAUUAUUUCAGAACGUUUUAUGGUGCCGCGGUUGACUCAUCCCGAUUCAAGGAUUGUGUUCUCAAGUUCUUCUCACCCGACGCCGCUGCUACCUCCUCACUUGGCUGCGUUGACUGGAAUUCUUGGUUUCACAAACCAGGCGCCCCCCCAAAGCCAGGGUUUUGCUCUGAGCUUUACAAGAAGGCCAUCGAAUUGGCAGAUCAAUGGGGCAGUCUCUCGGUCCAAUCUGCGUUCAGGCCGUCUGGUAGCGAUGUCGAGGGUUGGACAGCGGGACAAGUUUUAGUCUUUCUUGAUCUACUCAUUGAAAGUCCGCAGCCAAUCCCACUCGAGUAUUGUAAGCUUCUUGACGAGUUGUAUGACGUGGGAAAGUCUAGCAAUCUUGAAGUCGUCACUCGGUACCUUCGUGUCGCGCUCAGAGCCGGCGAUCGCAGUGUUUUGAAGCAGACUGAGGAUAUCCUGGGACAGACAGGCAGAAUGAAGUUUGUGAGGCCGCUGUAA